AUGGAUCUCGAAAAUAUAUCCAUCCGGGGCCUAACGCUCCCUUCACUCACAAUCCUUUGCGCCGCCGCCGUGGUCAUCGCAUCAUGGAUCCUAGCAACUUUUGCGCCGACACAACUGCGCAAACUUCAAUCAACCUCCACUCUCAGUCGAUUGUUCAAAGGUCAAUUUCUGGGUGAGAGAAAAGUAUAUGAUAUUAUUGAAUUGCGAGUAUACCCCGUCAAAUCAUGCCGUGGCAUCAGUCUCCGCAAAACAAAAAUGCAAAUGCACGGCCUAGACCUGGACCGACAAUGGAUGUUCGUCGACGCCAAAACUCACGACUUUGUGACCAUCCGUCAAAACCCGCGCAUGACUCUCAUCAACACCGCCAUCAGCGAAGAUGGAAAACAAUUAAUCCUCAGUGUGGGCGAUGAGCAAAUCCGCAUAGACGCUUACCCAAGUCGUGAAUGGUUAGCGCAAAACCUCACCCUCAUCCCCGUCAAAAUCUGGUCCGACAAUACAGACGGAUACAUGUACGGCGCCGACGUCAAUUCAACCUUUUCCCGCUUCUUGGGUCAGGAGGUGCGACUCGUCUACAAAGGGCCGACGGAUCGCAUACUCGACACGAAUGCAAAACCUGAGCUCUUGGGUCGGCAUCAAUCAACGUAUUUCCCGGAUCAGAUGCCGCUGCUCAUUGCUUCGGAUGCGUCGAUUACGGAACUCAAUUCCAGAUUGACGCAAAAGGGGGAGAAGGCGAUUACGAUUGAGCGAUUUAGGCCGAAUAUUAUCAUUAAGGGGAAUCGGGCUUGGUCGGAGGAUUCGUGGCUUACUGUGCAGAUCACGUCUUCUUCUCAAUCUUCAACGCCGAGUGAGGCUGCAGCAGCGAAGCGAGAGGCAAAGCCAAUAGUCAUUGAUGUCGUUGCUCGCUGUGCGCGCUGCCAAGUUCCCAACGUCGAACCUACGACUGCCGAAAAACACAAGCGCGAGCCGUGGAAUACGCUCAUGUCUUAUCGUAGAGUUGAUGAGGGCUCCAAAUAUAAGCCGUGUUUUGGGAUGCAUAGUGUUCCACGGAGUGAAGGCGAGAUUGAGGUUGGAAUGCAGUUGGAGGUGUUGAUGGAGACGGAUAAACAUAAGAUUCUUCAUUAA